AUGAAAUUAAAUAUUCAAAGCAGGUUAAUAUUUAAAAAUGGGGGAGAAGAGAGUGGAAAGGGAUGAAGGUGUAGGACUGCAUUUUUGGAAAAUAUAGAGGAAGAAAGGAGCUGGAGCUCAAAAUUUGUUCCUGUAGAAAUGGAACUCAUUCUGAGCCCCAGCUCCAUUUUGGCCAUCUGAUUCAUAAGCUUUCCUCCAUGCUCAUAUUCAGACUCCAGGAAUGUAACCGGUUUACCAAUCUCCAAUCUAGAUACAAUUUAAACUCCUAAUUAUACCUUCCUGAAUCUCUAAUAUCACUCAACCCCUAAAA